CACUCGUGGACCAACCCCCCGGACGGAUUUGGUGGACGGACAGGCAACGGCGAAAGCAACCUCUUUCCUCUAUUUAAUCCUCGUUCCACUUCCUCGCUUUAUUUUUAAAUGACACUUCUUUCAAACUCGCAUCUUAUAUUGUUUUAUCGUCGAAUAUAGUUUUAUCAUGCCGGAUUUACCGCCGUUAGUUCAAAUGCAGCUGGCCUAUCACUGGCAGGCCCUGAUUGCUUCUCAAAUAGAAAUCCAAGGCUGAGCCGAGCAGAGCGAGAGAUCUAUCUGUGGCGGGAUCGGAGGGAAUUGGGAUUUAGAGAAUCACCGACGCAUCGAUGGGGAAAGCGGCGGCAGGAGGCAGAGAUUGGACGCAGCUGCACGCGAUCUACGGCACGGAUGAGUGGCAAACGGUGGCCUUCCUGGCCCUCCACGCCGCCCUGUUCGCCUCUCUCUCCCUCCUCCUCCUCCUCUACUUCCCCCACGUCCUCGCCUUCCUCCGCGCCGUCGCCCCCGCUGCCCCCCUUCCCGCACUCCGCUUCGCCGCCGGGUUCGUCGGCUCCGUGGCUGCCCUCUCCGCGCUCUGCCUCCUCUACGCAGCCGCAGACGUCCUCUACUCCUCGCUCGCCCUCCGCUGGGAGAUGGCCCAGCGGAUGGUGGCCGCCGUCCCGGACUGGUCGGCGGUGCGGACAGCGCUCGACGUGGGGUGCGGCCGCGGGAUGCUGCUGAACGCGGUGGCGAUGCAGAUGAAGAAGGAGGGGAGCGGGGGCCGGGUGGUGGGACUGGACGGCCGGAGGGAGACGGCGGUGGCGGCGCUCCGACGGGCGCGGGCGGAGGGGGUCCAGGAGUACGUCACGUGCCGGGAGGGGGACGCGCGGCGGCUGCCCUUCGCGGACGGGUACUUCGACGUGGUGGUUUCGGCGGUGCACCUGAGCGGUCUGGGGCGGCGGGCGGGUGGGAAAUCACCGGCCUCGGCGGCGGCGGCGGCGGAGAGGGGCCGGGGACUGGGGGAGAUGGUGAGGGUGCUGAAGCCCGGCGGGAUGGGUGUGGUGUGGGAUCUGGUGUCCGGGCCGGAGUACGCGCAGCGGCUGAGGGAGAUGCGGAUGGAGGACGUUCGGGUGUCCGAUCGGGUCACCGCCUACAUGGUCGGUAGCCACAUAGUCUCCUUCAGGAAGCCGCUCGACCCCGCCGCCGGAAUGGAGUCGCUGCUGCCGCUCGACUGGCGGGCCAACAUCUGCUGAUCCUGUUCCGCCGGAACACCACAAGCUCUCUACGAACAUUAUCUAGUGGUACCUACCUUUUAAUUUUUCUUCCCAAAGGGGAGAAACGAAAAUUACUGAUAGGAUCUCAACUGUAAAUUUCGUGACCUUUUGUAGCGUAUUAAAGGCCGGCUCGAAGUGGGGCUAUGGCGUUUAAAGUAAUCAGAUACCAUGCUAUAUUGCUAUGGCUUUUAAAGUAAUCAAAUGCUAUGUUAUUGGCUGCCAUUCUUGAUGA